GGCAGAGAGAGGGAGAUGGAGAGAGAAAGUUAGAGAGAGAGAGAGAGAGAGGUCUGAGAGUAGUGAGAGAGGGGAGCAGAGAGCGAAACUGGAGAAUUACUCCCAAAUUUUUCACAGAAAACCCCCUGAUCUUUUCAACAAUUACGAAUUGGUCUCAAAUUUUCGCGCUUUCGUUCUCGGAUUUGAUCUAAAUUAAUGAGCCGUUUAGGGUUUAAGUCCGUGGUCUACCAUGGCGAGCUGUGUUUGGGGGAGCUGGACGCUAUUCCGGUGACGGAGGGGAGUUUCCAGUUCCCAAACAAUGAGAUUCGAAUCCACCGGAUUUCGCAGCAAAGCGAGAGGUGUCCUCCCCUCUCGAUUCUCCAGACGAUUUCUUCGUUUUCGGUUCGAUGCAAACUCGAAUCGUCCUCCCCUGUCGAACAGCCGCAUUUAAUCAAUCUCCACGCCUCCUGUUUCUAUGAGUUCAAGACGGCGACUGUGUUGGUUGGGGAGGAGGAGAUUCACUUGGUAGCCAUGCCGAGUAAGCAGAAGAAAUUUCCGUGCUUUUGGUGCUAUGCAGUUCCUCUAGGUCUGUACAGUGCUUCUCUAGGAAUGCUGAAUCUGAGGGUUCUUUCAAUUGUGUUUGAUCUCGAUGAGACGUUGAUUGUUGCCAACACCAUGAAGUCUUUUGAGGAUAGAGUUGAGACUUUACGAAGCUGGGUUACACGCGAGAGUGAUGGGGUUCGAAUAGCCGGAAUGUCUGCUGAAAUGAAGCGGUACAUGGACGAUAGAGGGCUGUUGAAGCAGUACAUAGAUAAUGAUUUCGUGACGGAUAACGGAAAGUUGUAUAAGGUACAACUGGAGGAGGUUCCUCCACUGUCUGAUAACCACGAGAAAAUUGUUCGGCCUAUCAUUAGAUUGCCAGAGAAGAACAUUGUGCUCACUCGCAUCAAUCCCGAGAAUCGCGAUACCAGUGUGCUUGUGCGGUUACGACCUGCAUGGGAAGAUUUGAGAAGUUAUUUAACUGCAAAAGGACGCAAGAGGUUUGAAGUUUACGUCUGUACUAUGGCUGAAAGAGAUUAUGCCUUAGAAAUGUGGAGGCUUCUUGACCCAGGGUCACACUUAAUAGGCUCAAAGCAGCUUCUGGACCGUGUUGUUUGUGUUAAAUCAGGCUCCAGGAAAUCUUUACUCAAUGUCUUCCAACAAGGAGUGUGCCAUCCAAAGAUGGCAAUGGUUAUUGAUGACCGUUCCAAGGUCUGGGAAGAUAAGGAUCAACCUCGAGUCCAUGUUGUUCCAGCAUUCACCCCUUAUUAUGCUCCUCAAGCAGAGACAGCUAGUGCAGUUCCAGUCCUCUGUAUAGCAAGAAAUGUUGCAUGCAAUGUCAGAGGUUGUUUUUUCAAAGAGUUUGAUGAAAUUUUGUUGCGAAGAAUUUCUGGAGUUUUUUAUGAAGAUGAGGUGGUAAAUUUGCCUCCUGCUCCUGAUGUGAGCAAUUACUUGAUGUCUGAGGAUACUGGUUUUGCACCAAAUGGAAAUGCUAAUGCUACCAUUGGUGAAGGAAUGAAUGGUAGCGAAGUGGAACGAAAAUUGAACCCAUGUGAUGAUAAGGGUAGCGUGGAGUCAGUGGUUCAACCUGUGAAAAAUGCCGAGUCAAGAUCUGACAACUCUCAAGCACCGGCUGCAAUUCUUCCCAAUGCUGCCAGUACAUCUUUGAGGCUGGUCUUGCCUUCUCAGAAACCUGGUCUGCUUGGACUUCCUGUUAGACGAGAUAGCUUUUCUGAUCGUGACCAUGAAAUGAGGAGAGGACUCCUUGGUACAACUCCUGGUCUAGAUAUAAGGAGUCAAAGCUAUGCUGAGCCCCCGCUUCUAUCUAGAGUGCCUGUACAACUGCCAGUAUCCUCAAUAAAUGCACAAGGAGGAUGGUUGGUUGAUGAUGACGACAACAAUAGAGGACAUCUGAGUAAUCGCCCUUCUGGGCUUGUUCAGCAGCCUGAUGUUUCAAAACCUGAAAAGCCAGUUUACCAGAAUCCUUUCGGUCCUGCUACACCAGGUUCGACACCCACUGGUUUGCUCUCACACAAAUCAGAUUUGAAGAGGGAAGAGAUAUCGUCUGGGUGUGAUUUGCAAAAUCUUCCUGUGCCAAGUCAGCCAUCAGAGGCUGGUGUAUCCCAGAUUCAGGCAUCUUCUUUGAAUAUAGAAUCUCAAACAGAAUCUGGUAAAGUGAACCUGGUACCAUCCCCUUUAUCUAUUGGAGUGCUGCAGGAAAUUGGACGGAGGUGCAGUUCAAAGAUUGAGUUCAGGUCUGUUUUAAGCACCAGCAAUGACUUGCAGUUUUCUGUUGAGGUUCUUUUCACUGGAGAGAAGAUAGGUUUUGGAAUGGGUAGGACGAGGAAGGAUGCUCAACAACAGGCUGCUGAGAAUGCCCUUCACAGCUUGGCUGAUAAAUAUGUAGCAUAUCUUGCACCUCGUUCUGGUGCUGUGGACAGAGAUUUAAAUAAAGGAAAUGAAAACGGAUUUCUAUUGGACAUGGUUGGUCCAAGAUCGGCUGAGCUGCUAAGGGAUGGAUUGCCUAAAGAAAGAACUUCAGAGGCUGCUGAAGUUGAACCUGGGAGUACUUUUACGGUGAGUCAGCAAGUUCUAAAGCGUGCCAGUUCCCCAAGAUUGAUAGAGUCGGUUGCAAAACGACCCAAGGAAGACAUAUUGAAUGGUUCACGAAGUUUAUCAUUUUCUCGGCAGCAGAAGAAUGGGGUUACAGACAAACAUUGACACGAGUCAUUUCAAUCUUGGCUCCUGCUAGCGCAUUCUUCCUCUCGGCGAGGUCCAGGUGGCUGCAUCUCUCCCCAACCUCCGAAGCUUUGUGAAAACUAAUGGAACAAGGAAGUGAAAGUAGAAAGACUGGCUUUUCAAGGCACAUGACUUGGGCAUCUUGUACAAUUCGGAAUAUAUUUACCCCUUUCGGAGAGCCAGUUUCAAUAUUGCCAACGCGGGUAUGUGUAAAUUUUGUUGGUGGAAAGCUGGGCAAAUUCUGUGUGUGUGUGUUUUUUUUUUCAUCUUGCCCCAUCUUUUCCUGCUUACAUAUUGAGGUUGGGGAUUGCAUCUCUGAGUAUAGUUCACAUUUUUCCCCUUGAAAAUUUUUACGUAGAUUUUACUGAUCAUAAGAUUGCAGCAUGGAACCUGAAAUUUAAGACCCAUCUUGUUCGCAAAACACAAUAAUUGUAUUAUCCCGUCAAAGUCCAUAAGUAAUUACAUUGUGUUGGUUCCUUUUCAA